UCGAGUCGAAAGAGAAAUUGGUCUCGGGCGUCUCGCAAUUGAGCAUCUCAUCUGCUGCAGCAUUGGCCUCGAGAGAUAAAGACAGCCGACCGACCGACCGACGUCUUUGUGACCCAAAUCUUGGCAUGCGAGUGGCUGAAAAUGGGCCUAACUCCGGAGAAUAAUGAAGUGGUUCAGGAAAGCUGGUUUUGGAGCUGGUUUAAGUGGUCACCUGUGUGUCCCAACAAGCUGAGACAAGCAGAAAAGUCAAUUUUAUCAGUUUUGAAGACUGAAUAUCGAGGAUUUUACGUGGACAUUGGACCUGCUGUUGGAAGUGGUGAUAAAAUAUGGACUCUAAGUCUGAACGAACACAGCCAGAAAACGCCUCUGGUCAUGUUACACGGAAUGGGCUCUGGUUCGGCGCUUUGGGUUCUCAACUUGGACGCAAUAUCGAAGGACCGGCCUGUCUACUGCAUCGACCUACUUGGCUUUGCCAGAAGCACAAGGCCGACAUUCUCCUCCGAUCCGGAGAUUGCAGAGAAGCAGAUGGUGCAGUCGAUAGAAGCGUGGCGACAGGAAGUGCGGCUGAAUGACAUGAUUCUUCUCGGUCACAGUCUGGGAGCAUUUUUAGCCACCUCUUACGCCAUUUCCUAUCCAGACAGGGUGAAGCACCUAAUUCUUGCCGAUCCGUGGGGAUUUCCUGAGCGCCCAAGGGACGUUUUGACCAACAAAGUGACAAUUCCGAUUUGGGUGAAAGCGGUCGCAUUUGUACUCAGCCCCCUAAAUCCACUUUGGGCCAUCAGAGUGUCUGGGCCGUUAGGACCGUGGCUCAUUCAGAAAGCCAGGCCUGACAUCUUGAGGAAAUUCGAACCUGUCCUUGGAAAUGAAACACAUUUGGUUGGCCAGUAUAUUUACCAGUGCAAUGCACAAAAUCCCAGUGGUGAAUCCGCUUUCCAUGCAUUGAUGACUGGUUUCGGCUGGGCCAAGAGACCGAUGGUGAACAGAAUUCAGAAUUUGAGAGGCGAUGUUCCAAUGUCUGUCCUCUACGGCUCACGAUCUUGGGUCGACAGUGCCGCUGGGGAACUUAUCAGGGAGAAACGCCCAGAAAACGCCAUCGUUAAUAUUCAAAUAAUUUCUGGUGCUGGGCACCACGUUUACGCAGACCGAAGCGAAACCUUCAACAGGAUAGUGCUUGAAGCGAUGGAGAAGCCGGCGCAUCUGUUCAGGAUCGAGGCGCCCCCUCAAGAUCAAGAGGAGGACGCGGAGGAAGCAGCAAAAACAGACAAGAAGUAGCUAGCAGAGUGAUGAAAAAGUUACAUCCGGACGAAGUUGGUCAAGGGAAAGCAUUUGCCGUCUUUCUUUCUUUCUGCAAUGACGCAUUUAACACUCAGUUUUGGUUUGAAUCGCUCUAAUUAUUAUUCCUGUAGCUCUGACUCUUUUUUUCCUCCUCUAUUCAAUGCAUCUGUGAUUUUGCAAUUUGGUUGAUAGGUGCAAAAGUCAUAUCAAAAGUUUGUUGUAUAAACGUUUUAUAAAUAAUAUGAUGUAAGUAUUUAUGUAACUGCAACUGGUUGUCGGUUAUUUGCAAAUACAUAGUGCUAUUUAUUUACA